AUGUUUUCACGAUCAAGCCUCGGCGCCUUUGCGCUCGGCCUUGCUCUCGCAGGCACACCUGUCAAUGCUGAGGGAGUCUGCGACAUUUAUGCCGCUGGUGGCACGCCCUGCAUUGCAGCACACAGCACCGUUCGCACCCUGGUCGACGGCUUUACCGGCGCCCUGUACAGACUAACCCGUGGUUCUGACGGUGCCUACGGCUACGUCACGGCUCUACCCAACGGCGUGGCCAACAUUUCCAUUCAAGAUGCGUUCUGCCAAAGCACAACCUGUCUGAUAAGCAAAAUCUACGACCAGUCUGGCAGUAACAACCAUCUCUACCAGGCACCGAAGGGAACCGCUGCAACCGGCCCGGAAACCGGUGGUCAUGAUUUCCUAGCAAGCGCCAUCGGUGCACCAGUCUAUGUGGGUGACACGAAGGCAUAUGGUGUUUUUAUUUCCCCUUACACCGGCUACCGCAACAACAAGAUCAACGGCUCUAUUACAGGCGACGAUGCCGAGGGCAUGUAUGCAAUCUUUGACGGCACUCAUUACAACGGCAGGUGCUGCUUCGAUUACGGAAACGCUGAGACGGAUAACUCUGAUCCUGGCAAUGGUCGUAUGGAAGCCCUCUACUUUGGCAACGGUGGCUACAAGGGCUCUGGCGAUGGGCCCUGGGUUCAGGCUGAUCUCGAGAAUGGGUUGUUCUCUGGCGCCAGCCGUGCCAAAAACGAGGACAACCACAGCCUCAACUCCCGCUUCGUGACUGCAAUUCUCAAGGGCAAGGCGAAUCAAUGGGCUCUCCGUGGUGGAGAUGCUACAAGUGGCUCACUCACGACAAUGUACAGCGGCAAGCGCCCAAACUCAGGCUAUAAUCCUAUGCAAAAGGAGGGUGCUAUUGUUCUCGGGAUUGGUGGUGACAACAGUAACAGAGCUCAAGGAACCUUCUACGAGGGCGUCAUGACGAAGGGAUAUCCGUCUGAUGAUACCGAGAACAAAGUCCAGGAAAAUAUUGUUGCUGCUAAAUACGGUACCGCAGGUCUCGUUGCUGCAAAAUUCCCUACGGAGUUUUCUAAAGGCUCGACCAUCUCCCUGCGCGCAACAACAGACUGCUGCUCGAACCGGUAUAUCGCCCAUUCCGGCUCUACUGUCAAAACCGAGGCUGUUUCAUCCUCCAGCAGUGACGAUCUUAAAAAGUCGGCUAGUUGGGUUGUUCACACUGGCCUGGGCAACAGCGCCUGCUACUCAUUCGAAUCAGUCGACACCCCCGGCAGCUAUAUCCGCCAUUCCUCCUACAAACUUCAGGUUGACAAGAGUGACGGCACCACACAGUUUCAUGAGGAUGCCACGUUUUGCCCACAGACUGGCAUAAACGGAGAUGGUCACUACUCCAUCCGGUCCUGGAGCUAUCCUGCUCGCUACUGGCGCCAUUUCAAUGGCGUGGGUUAUAUUGCAGGCAAUGGCGGUCCCUAUGACUUUGAUGCUAAAUAUUCGUUCAAUGACGAUGUGAGCUGGGCCGUUACCAAGGGGUUUGCCUAG